AUGGGUGCUGGACUCAAGCCAAAGGAGAAGGACUACCGCCUUCCAUUCAACAAGGCGAUAGCCAUUUUCAACGAGAAGACUGGCAAAUACGAGCCAGUCACCCCUGCCGCCAAACCAAAGAAGGCGGCUACCACUAUCGGGGCGGUUCCUCAGCCCAAGCCACGGCCCACCAAAAUCCAGAAGGCCGCAAAACAGACCUCCUUGUUUCCACAUCUCCAGCCCAACAAAGAUGGCAAACUUGGCCCAAAGCUUUUCGUUAUUCGAAAGGUACGGGUACCCGACCAACGGCCUCGAACAGUCACCUCGGCCAAGCAGAAAUAA